CCGCCCAAAAACCAGCACUUGCAGCAACGCCGGCCGCACGGCAGAACAUGGUUUGGCAAUGCGUCGUCGCGAUCGAUAAGACUCGUCAUCCUGGGCUUUCAGACACACGACACCACGGCAGUUGACCGUUAACGCCUUCCCACGGAGAGGCGCGAAAAUGGAGCAGCCGGGCCUGGCCAAUGUUCCCGUCGAAACACACCUCCUCUUGGGUUGCUGCCGCGAGGCGGACCAGGCUGAGGUUGCCGCUCGGGGUCUUGAUCAGCUGCGAGCAGCACUCUCGGAAUCAUUUCACAGCCAUCUCAUAGCCCUGGCCGAGGAAAUCCGGGGCUCCAGCAGACUCCUCCGCGAUAUUGCCGAUCGCUCCCAGAUGCACAUCACGCGGGUUCCUUUCAUGACCAACUACCUGAACGUUAUAUUGCCUUGCAUAUCCCGAACUCUGAAGGACAUCAUAGCCCACUACGAGGAUAAAACUCUGUCCAGGGAGAUAAGAUGGCGCAAGAUGUACAACAAAAUGACAGAGGAAGCGGCGGGCCUCCCGUUGCCACAACGCUUUGUUCUCUACAAUCACUUUCUGUCGCUGCUAAAGCAGCUGCUUGUUAGGUCUCCGAGCUUUGACCUCAAUACGCUUGAGACGCUCCGCACACGGAUUAUCACACUACGCGAGCAAAGGGGAAUAGACCUCACAGCUCCACCCACACCACAGACAGGCACUCUUGUCCGCCAGAACCUUGUGCCCGUGGCAGUUACACAAGACCGCCAUUCACAUUGGGCGGAACAGAUCUUUUCUCUCCCCCUCCCAUCGCGGACGGCAUUGAAACACCUAAGACCGUGUAAAUCUUACGGCCCAUUUUAUCCAUUGGGCCACCUAACCAUACCGCAAGACUCAACGGUUCUGUUCAGGCGGCCUUUCGACAAUGACACGAUAUCCAUCGUCGUCUUCUUGAGCUCCGUUGACCAAUGCCCAUACUUUCUGAUGAGGACCGUGCAGGACAACACUCCGUGGUACUCCAUGUUUGGUGCCCAUGAGCUCUGCAUCGAGCGCGAAGGGAGUGCAUUACAGCUGAAGAGGUGGAGCCGAUCGGAGCAAUGCAGCAAACUCUGGGUGGCACUGCAUUUCCUGACGUGGGAAGAGAUGAUACUGUUCUACUGUGCCUUUGUCGCCCUCAAGGCUCGCAACCUAUUGACCGUUCAAAUCCACCCAAAUGAGUUCCAGCUGCGCCGAGAGAAGCGGCUAUUCCAAGCCCAAAUCAUCGACGACGGCUUCAAACACUCAUUGAUUGUUUACGAAGACAUGCAAUCCCGGGGUUUGCGACUGCACGCCGCAGUCUGGGAAGGCGAGCUCAGGCAGUGCCCUGUGUGGACCGCAUUCGUCACGCACCAGUCCCGAUCCCCAACAUGGCUCAGCCGCCGCUCUCGGCACAGAAUCUGGCUCAAAGACAUCCAGCUUUACGUGUUUUGCAAUACAUAUCGGCAGGAGCAUAUGCGCCAAAACAAGUCUGGGGCAUUCGAGAUACAUUUUGAUCGAGAAGAAGCGGCAAAACGAUUCAAGGAGCUUUUCUCGGUCAGGCCCGCCGUUUCAGAAACGUCUGAGAAUGAACCCGUCGCCGAACCUUCGGCGUAGACACACUCCCCCUCCCUCCCUUCCCUCCCGGCCCUGCGGCAGCUCAUACCAUGCCCGAGAAGUAUACACCGUCAAUAUCGGCGCCAGAGGAGCUCUCCGAAAAGUAGUCUCUGGCGAACACUCGCUGGCCCGCCCCAUUUUCAUCACCGAGCCUCAAUUAUGAGCUGUAAUGAGUUGUCUACUGAAGUGCCAUAGAUUGUAAACAAAGGUCAGCUCGCUGUUUACUCUCAAGGAAUACUGUGC